AUGGAUGAUGCUAUUGAGUUUCCUGAUGGUUGGAAGAAUCGUGUUAACAGCGGCUCGGAGGGACGUCGUUAUGGCCAGGCUGUUAUUCGCGGCAACAACGUACUCUAUAUCAGUAUGCUUGAGCGGAAACAGGAGGAAGAGCAGGGAGAUGAUGCUGCGGUUGAAAAGGCGUGA